AUGAAAUUUCUUUAUAAGAAUGUCUGUGUUUUGGCCGUUGGGUGUGAGAUUAGUUCAAGUCAAAUUGCGACCAACACCGUUAGUGAAAAUCGAAGCGCCUUUGUGAAGGGCAAGAACAUUUUGGAUAACAUCCUUUUGGCUCAUGAGCUAACACAUCAUUUGAAGACUCAGAGAGGCGGCACUACCUUCAAGCUUGCCUUGAAGCUCGACAUGAGGAAAACCUAUGAAAGGAUAAAGUGGAUUUUCCUUAAGCGUGUCUUACGGAAAUUGGUUUUUCACCAUGUAAGGAUUAAGUGGAUCAUGAGAUCAUCAAGAUCGUCGAGUGGUAGAUCUUCUCCAAUUGUAUUGCCAAGGAUUUUAAAAGUUCACAGUGUUGGUGGACAAGAUAGAUAUCUUGGUUUAUCUGCUUUAUUAUAA